GUUGAGAUAUAAGCAGGUGCGGUGCGGCAAGUUGGCGGCAAGCCAGCUGAGCCAGCGGUGAAGUGAAGUUGUGAUUUAUGGAUUGACUGCUGAAUUCGCAAAUAAAAUGUUCUUAGAGCUUAACACCUUCCUAGAUUUCGACAACAAGGCGCUUUCAAAGCAGUUUGUUGUCAUCUCGAGCGAUGACAUUGUGGACCACAGCUUCGUGCUUAACCACCUGCUCAUGCUGUACCUCAAAACGGGCCGCAGGGUCUUUCAACUCAACUUGACGCUCGACGACGCCUUUUUUGCGAGCGUGUGCCAGAAGCUCGGCAUCAACCUGAAGACGUACGCCUCCAAGAACUCAUUCUACAGCUUUAGCUGUCCAAGCCUGCUGAAGGACUUGGUCAAAACCCCGUCGUCCAGCGAGUCGCAUCCCUUCAGCUUCCUGACCUCGGACGGACCGAGCGAUCGCCUAUCGCUUCUCCGAUCGCGGAUCAUCGAAGAACUCGAUCGGUUCCUCGGAAGCUCAGAAGCAAGCGGCGAAGUCCUCUUGAUGGUCGACGACGUCUCGUGUUUGCUGCACCUGGGGCUUUCCAACAGCGAGAUCGUGAAGUUCGUGCACUCGUUAAGGGCCCACGAACCGCUGAGAGACUGCGGCUCGCUGGUAAUGGGCUCGAAGUUCAACGAGCCCGAGCAAGACGCCGAGUGCCACCAGCUCUGCACCUACCUGUCGCACCUGGCCGACGCUACCGUGGACGUUCGUGGGCUCUCGACGGGACACAGCAGGGAUAUCACGGGACAGAUCUCUGUGACAAGGAAGGCGGAUGGUCAGAGGCCCACCACCAAGCGGAUGCACUAUCGGCUGGAAGACAAAGGUGUCAAGCUUUUCCCAGUGGGGCUUCACAGAUUGCCGUUUCAGAUUUGAUAGUACAACUUGCUUCGGAAUAAAAACGUACAUCCAACGAU